AUGCCCUCCGGCCUACCAAUUUGUUGCUCUUUCUUUUACUUCACUUUCGUUCUCUGCUUGAUUGGUGUUACUUUAGCUGGCGACCCGUAUGUCUUCUACGAUUGGACUGUCUCAUACGUCACAGCUUCCCCUCUUGGAGUUAAACAACAGGUGAUUGGGAUUGAUGGGCAGUUUCCAGGACCUAUUCUCAAUGUCACUACAAACUGGAAUGUUGUAGUUAAUGUCCACAAUACUCUCGAUGAGCCUUUGCUUCUCACAUGGAAUGGCAUCCAACAUAGAAAAAAUUCGUGGCAAGAUGGUGUCUCGGGCACAAAUUGUCCUAUCCCUGCUGGAUGGAAUUGGACAUAUGAUUUUCAAGUUAAAGAUCAAAUUGGCAGUUUCUUUUACUUUCCUUCCCUAAAUUUCCAAAGAUCUGCUGGUGGAUAUGGAGGAAUAACCAUAAACAACAGGGACAUCAUUCCAGUACCCUUUGGGAUGCCAGAUGGAGAUAUUACGCUCUUUAUUAGCGACUGGUAUACAAAGAGUCAUAAGGAACUUAGGAAAGAUGUUGAAAAUGGUGGUGUCCUUGGAGCUCCUGAUGGAAUUUUAUUUAACGGAUUAGGCCCUUACCGUUAUGAUAACGCACUUGUUCCUGAUGGUAUUGCUUACCAGACGAUAACUGUAGAUCCAGGAAAAACAUAUCGCUUGAGGGUGCACAAUGUUGGUAUCUCUACAAGCUUGAAUUUCAGAAUCCAAAGUCAUAACUUGCUUCUUGUAGAGACUGAAGGGUCAUACACGGUGCAGCAGAACUACUUGAACAUGGAUAUCCAUGUGGGUCAGUCAUAUUCAUUCCUCGUCACGAUGAAUCAAAAUGCUAGCAGUGAUUAUUACAUUGUUGCCAGUCCACGGUUUGUCCAUUCCUCUGCUUGGGCUAGAGCUAUUGGAGUUGCUAUCUUGCACUACUCUAAUUCCCAAGGGCCUGUUUCAGGUCCACUUCCAGACCUCCCUAUUGAAUAUGACACAUAUUUCUCAAUGAAUCAAGCAAGAUCCAUAAGAUGGAAUGUUUCUGCUAGUGCUGCUCGUCCAAAUCCACAAGGGUCUUUUAACUAUGGUCAGAUUACUGUGACCGACGUGUAUGUGAUCCUUAAUAGACCUGCAGAGCAUGUAGAUGGAAAAUGGCAUACUACUCUUAAUGGUAUUUCAUACUUAACGCCUUCUACUCCCCUAAAGCUUGCUCAGCAAUUUAACGUUCCAGGGGUUUACAAGCUUGAUUUCCCAAAUAGACUGAUGAACAGACCUGCAAAAGUUGAUACAUCUAUAAUUAAUGGUACUUACAGAGGAUUUAUGGAAAUAAUAUUUCAAAAUAACGACACUAAUGUUCAGAGCUACCAUAUGGAUGGCUAUGCAUUCUUUGUUGUGGGGAUGGAUUUUGGAGAGUGGACAGAGAACAGCAGAGGCAAGUACAACAAAUUGGAUGGUGUUGCUCGCUGCACUACUCAGGUAUUCCCUGGCGCUUGGACAGCCAUUUUUGUUUCACUGGACAAUGAUGGUAUUUGGAACCUUCGUGCACAGAACCUCGACUCAUGGUAUCUUGGUCAAGAGGCUUAUGUGAGUGUAGUGAAUCCAGAGAUCACAGAUAAAACUGAGAUUCCUUUGCCAGAAAACACCAUCUAUUGUGGUGUACUCUCAUCCUUACAGAAGGACCAGGCCCAGAGGGUAAAGUUUUCUGGCGCACCAUAUACUGCCAAGACAAUCAGGACAAUUGCUGUUGCAUUUCUUUUAACUUCUAUGGCAAUUUUUAUCAGGUAAAUAGCUACAAGAAAUCAUGAGCAUGCAUUGUAAGUCAAACCACUGAAUGAGUUGCAAAAGUCGAUGUGGUCUGAUGCAUAAAUAGGAGAAAAAUUGGUAAGUGGGCUCUGUUAUUCCAAUAUAAUUCCAGAUCAAGUAGAGGGAUGAAUUACGUGUCUUGGUUCCACAGUGUAUCUUUGUAUUUUUAUUGUUUUUCUUUCUGUAAUUUAGCAGUUGUAUGACAUGUUAAUGGAGUAUAUUUUCAUAAUAGGGGGAGUUGAAUGUGGAUAAUAGUAGUUGAUUCAUGUGGUUGUUUUAAGUUAUUUGAAUGAUCAGCAAAUGUAUUGAUUUCACUGUUUUGGAGGGAACAAUGUACCAGGUUAAGAAUAUCUCGGUUGUUUAUUGCAUUUUAUCA